UGUGUUUCCGGUCCCACGUGUGUGUUGUUCAGCCUUUUUUUCCUCCACAACAGUCUCCCUCUUUCCAGCAGUCCCGGCUCCCUAGACCUGCUCACCCGACCCCGGCGACAUACAUCCGAAAUGGCAUCUGUUUCCGCACCCGGCCAGGCCGGCUCCAGCCCGGCCGCAGCUCUGCAGAGAGGAAUCGUGAAGAUGGUCCUGUCAGGCUGUGCCAUCAUUGUCCGAGGUCAGCCGCGGGGCGGCCCGCCCCCCGAGCGCCAGAUCAACCUGAGUAACGUCCGAGCCGGAGCCAUGGCCCGGCGAGCAGCACAAGGCCAGCAAGACCCCAAGGACACCCCCGACGAACCGUGGGCCUUCCAAGCCAGAGAGUUCCUGAGGAAGAAGCUAAUUGGGAAAGAGGUUUGCUUCACCGUGGAGAUCAAGACUGCGUUGAAUCGGGAGUACGGCAUGGUCUACCUGGGGAGAGAUACGACUGGUGAGAACAUCGCUGAGUCUCUGGUGAGCGAAGGCCUGGCGGCGGUCCGAAGGGAAGGAAUCAGAGGGAACAAUCCAGAUCAGGCCAGACUGGUGGAGUUGGAGGACCAGGCAAAGGCUUCCAAGAAAGGCUUGUGGACCGAGGGCGGAGGGUCACACACCAUCCGCGACCUCAAGUACACCGUGGAGAACCCACGCAACUACGUCGACUCGUUGCAUCAGAAACCCAUCAAUGCAAUCAUCGAGCACGUACGUGACGGCAGCGUUGUCCGUGCCUUGCUGCUGCCCGACUACUACCUGGUGACCGUCAUGAUGUCUGGCAUCAAGUGUCCCGUAUUCAGGAGGGAAGCAGACGGCACAGAAACCCCAGAGCCGUUUGCAGCAGAGGCCAAGUUCUUCACGGAGUCCCGUCUUCUGCAGCGAGAUGUUCAGAUCAUCCUGGAAAGCUGCCCCAACCAGGUCAUCCUGGGCACCAUCCUGCACCCGAACGGCAACAUCACAGAGCUGCUGCUGAAGGAGGGCUUCGCCCGCUGCGUGGAUUGGUCCAUGGCGGUUUACACCCAGGGGGCGGAGAAGCUCCGAGCUGCUGAACGAUCUGCUAAAGAGCGAAAGAUCCGCAUCUGGAAAGACUACGUUGCCCCGACGGCGAACCUGGACCUGAAGGACAGACAGUUUGUUGCCAAGGUGAUGCAGGUGGUCAACGCUGAUGCCAUGGUGGUCAAGCUGAACUCCGGGGAGUAUAAAACCAUCCACCUGUCCAGCAUCCGGCCCCCGAGGAUCGAGGGAGAGGAGAAGAACAAGGACAAAGACAAACGGUUCCGUCCCCUGUACGACAUCCCCUACAUGUUCGAGGCCCGCGAGUUCCUGAGGAAGAAGCUCAUCGGUAAAAAGGUCAACGUGACGGUCGACUACAUCAGAGCUGCAACCGGUCCAGGAGAAGGAACGCCCGCCUUCCCAGAACGCACCUGUGCCACGGUCACCAUCGGAGGAAUCAACAUCGCAGAAGCGCUGGUGAGCAAAGGCUUCGCCACCUGCAUCAGGUACCGGCAGGACGACGACCAGCGCUCCUCUCACUACGACGAGCUGCUGGCUGCAGAGGCGCGGGCCAUCAAGAACGGGAAAGGUCUGCACAGCAAGAAGGAGGUUCCCAUCCACAGAGUCGCCGACAUCUCUGGGGAGACGCAGAAAGCCAAGCAGUUCCUGCCCUUCCUGCAGAGAGCGGGCCGGUCGGAGGCCGUGGUGGAACACGUCUUCAGCGGCUCCCGCCUCAAGCUGUACAUGCCCAAAGAAACCUGCCUCAUCACCUUCCUGCUCGCCGGUAUCGAGUGUCCGCGUAGCGCCCGGAAUCUGCCUGGGGGGAUGCAGGUGGCCGAGCCCUUCAGUGAAGAGGCCAUGCUGUUCACCAAAGAGCUGGUGCUGCAGAGAGAGGUGGAGGUGGAGGUGGAGAACAUGGACAAGGCCGGGAACUUCAUCGGCUGGCUGCACAUCGAGGGCCUGAACCUGUCGGUGGCGCUGGUGGAGAACGCUCUGUCCAAGGUCCACUUCACGGCCGAGCGCAGCUCCUACUACAAGACGCUGGUGUCGGCCGAGGAGCCGUGCCGGCAGCGCAAGGAGAAGGUCUGGGUGAACUUCGAGGAGAAACCCGUGGAGGAGGUCGUGCAUCUCACCGAGGAGAAGGAGCGCGUCGCCAACUACAGACCCGUGUACGUCACGGAAAUCACAGACCAGCUGCACUUCUACGCCCAGGACGUGGAGACGGGAAGCCAGCUGGAGAGCCUGAUGGACACCAUGAGGGCAGAGAUCACCGCCCAGCCGCCGGUGGAGGGAUCCUACGCCGCACGGCGGGGGGAUUACUGUAUAGCCAAGUUCGCCGACGGUGAAUGGUACAGAGCCAGAGUGGAAAAAGUUGAGUCGCCGGCAAAAGUUCAUGUCUACUACAUCGACUACGGCAACAGAGAGGUGGUGUCGUCCACCCGCCUCGCCGUCAUGCCUCCUGCCUUCAGCACCCGGGCCCUGCCAGCACAGGCCACCGAGUACGCCCUCGCCUUCCUGCAGGUCCCCCAGGACGACGACGCCCGGGCCGACGUGGUGGACUGCAUGGUGCGGGACAUCCAGAACACCCAGUGCCUGCUGAACGUGGAGUACUCGGGCGCCGCCUGCCCCCACGUGACGGUGCAGUUCGAGGACACCAAGGUGGACGUGGGCCUGGGCCUGGUCAAGGAGGGGCUGGUCAUGGUGGAGGUCCGCAAGGAGAAGCACCUGCAGAAGAUGGUGACGGAGUACCUGAACACUCAGGAAUCUGCCAAGAGUGCCAGGCUCAACAUCUGGCGCUACGGAGACUUCCGCGCCGACGACGCAGACGAGUUCGGCUACCGCCGCUAACGGGAGAACGAGGCGACCAUCCAGUUCCCACCAUUCCAAAGGCCAACCUGGACGGAGCGGCGCACCGGAGAGAAGACGGACCCAACGACAAGCAUCCUUCACUCUCCCCUGUCAUCAGGUUUCUCUUCUACUCUUCAUUCUCU